AAGGGGGAGUGGCAAAUGGGUAGGGGGAGGGGGGAUGGGAAUAUUUUCUUGAGCAAUUUUUGCUUUCAUCAUUUUUAAGGAAAGUCAUCCAGAAUGAUGAUCAGAGGGUGCAAAGUGUUCUUGAAAUCCUCAGUGUGCAGAGUUGGCUUAGCCGGCGCUCUGUCAAGGGGAACCCACGCACACACUGCAUUUAGAUCCUUGCUAAAGGAGCAACUGAACGCAAUUAAAGUUGCUGGAACUUGGAAGGCUGAACGAAUCAUCACAUCCAAGCAAGACGUUGGAAUUUCUGUACAGGGCUCGAACAACAAGAUCCUCAAUUUUUGCGCCAACAACUACCUGGGGCUGUCUAGCCACCCAGACGUUGUCGAAGCUGGAAAGAAAGCUUUAGACGAAUUUGGCGCAGGUCUCAGCUCAGUUCGGUUUAUUUGUGGCACCCAAUCCAUCCACAAAAAACUUGAGCGUCAAAUCUCAGAGUUUCAUGGACGCGAAGAUGCUAUUCUCUACCCAAGUUGUUUUGACGCCAAUGCUGGCUUGUUUGAAGCAAUGCUGGGCCCAGAAGAUGCUGUUUUCUCUGAUGAGCUUAAUCACGCCUCUAUCAUUGAUGGCAUCAGACUCUGCAAGGCCAAGAAGUACAGAUACAAACACCGUGACCUCAAUGAUCUUGAAAAUUUAUUGAAAGAAGCUGGAAAUAGUGCACGAACAAAGCUGGUUGUCACUGAUGGAGUUUUUUCCAUGGAUGGCAACGUUGCACCUCUGAAAGCCAUUUGCGAUUUAGCAGAAAAAUACAACGCAUUGACAUUCAUUGAUGAAUGCCAUGCUACUGGAUUUUUUGGAAAAACUGGGAGGGGCACAGAGGAAUUUUUUGGAAUCGAGGGGAGGGUGGAUGUCAUCAAUUCCACCCUUGGAAAAGCUCUCGGAGGCGCAGCUGGAGGGUAUACAACCGGCCCAAAGGAGUUAAUUGAUCUGCUGAGGCAAAAGUCAAGGCCAUAUCUGUUCUCAAACUCUCUGCCACCUCCAGUUGUUGCAUCUGCCAGCAAGGUUUUCGACCUUCUAUUGUCGAGCUCCGAACUGUGCGAACGAGUUGCCAAAGGAACUGCCAGAUUUCGCUCUGCCAUGACUAAAGCUGGAUUCACGAUUUCUGGGGAGCAACAUCCAAUUUGCCCAGUUAUGCUGGGAGACGCAAGGCUUGCCUCACAGUUUGCAGACAAAAUGCUUUUGGAAGGGAUCUACGUGAUCGGCUUCAGCUACCCUGUGGUUCCCCAAGGCAAAGCACGAAUCAGGGUUCAGAUUUCUUCUGCUCACUCUGACGAUGACAUUGACAGAGCGGUCGACGCAUUUGUUAGAAUCGGCAAAGAGCUUAAUGUCGUCUCUUAAGACUGCAAAUGUAGUUGGUAGCGCAAUCUCAUCUAUCUCUCCAUACUUCAUCACAUUCAUUGCUUUUAGUAGCACAAACAAGGGUGAUAGUAGCAUUGUUCAUUCUAUACUUAUUUUCCAUGGUCUGAAUCUUUUUUUAAAUAU